GUUGUUCUCCGCGAUGGUUCUUUCCAACAAUGGUAGCAGCUGCACGCGCACGGACGGUCCAACGUGGAUAAACAACAACAACGGCCGUUUGUGGAUUUAAACGGUUAAUCCGGUUUAACGUCGUCCUGCAGUUUGACGUGUGAGCGUCUCCAAACAAGACCAGUCCCAGAAAACAGCCACAGUCUCCGGCACGACAUGCCUCAUCGAAAGAAGAAAUCGUUCAUUGAAAAGAAGAAGGCUGUGACUUUUCACCUCGUCCACAGAAGUCAGAGGGACCCGCUCGCUGCAGAUGAAAAAGCCCCACAGCACGUCCUCCUGCCCGCCACAAAGGCGGAAGCAGAGAAGAGACGCGAGGAGCAGAGGGAGUUUGGCGUUUUCUUCGACGAUGACUACAACUACCUGCAGCACCUGAAGGAGGCGUCGGGCACGGUUGAGCUGGUGGCAGCCGGCCCCUCACACACUGACAGGCCACCUAUUCAUCUCCGUGAUGAAGAUGAGGAGAGUGAUGAGGAGAGCCAAGAGGAGGGUGACACAGACAAGGUCAUUCCUGCAUCUUCCAUCAACCUGCCGUCUUCGGUGUUCGCCUCUGAGUUUGAAGAGGAGGUGGGACUUCUGAACAAAGCUGCUCCUAUCUCAGGACCACGGCUGGACAUGGACCCUGACAUCGUGGCUGCUCUUGACGAAGACUUCGACUACGAAGACCCUGACAACAUCCUGGACGAUGACUUCAUAUUCAAAGCAAACAGUGGAGCUGUGGGCACACAAGGUGACGACGAAGACAAUGAUGAUGGCGACGAUGAUGAGUGGGAGGACACAGAUGAGGAAGGCGACUUUGACUCUGAAGGUGGCUUUUCGGAUGAUGAGGACACUAAAGGGGGCGGCCACGGUCGAGAGUUCCUGUUCAUGGACGAGGAGACGAAGAGUCGAUUCACAGAGUACUCGAUGACGUCGUCUGUGAUGAGGAGGAACGAGCAGCUCACCCUGCUGGACGACCGCUUUGAAAAGUUUUAUGAACAGUUCGAUGAUGAUGAGAUCGGCGCUCUGGACAAUGCAGAGCUGGAAGGUUUCAUUGAACCGGACAGCGCUCGCCUGGAAGAAAUUAUCAAAGACUACUUCAUACAGAAAGAGAAGGAAUACCAGAGGCCUGAUGACUUGGGUCCCAAAGAGCUGCCUGUCGUGAAGGAAGAGGAAGAGGAGGAGGAAGAGGAAGAGUUGGAAACUGUUGUUAUAGAGGCUCCAGAAGAGAAGUGGGACUGUGAAACCAUCAUCAGCACAUAUUCCAACAUAUAUAACAGACCCAAAGUCAUUGAAGACCCACCAAAGCCAAAGCCGAUCCGUGUGUCCAGUAAAACGGGUAUCCCUCUGGACGUCCUUCCUGCCAGAGGCCUGACCGCCAAACAGGCAGAACGCAUGACAAAGAUCAACGAUUCAGACCUGCCUCGUGUUUCCACCCAACCCCGCAGCAAGGAUGAGAGCAAAGAGGAGAGGAAAGCAAGGAAACAGGCCAUCAAGGAAGAACGUAAAGAGAGAAGAGUCGAGAAGAAAGCCAACCAAAUGGCGUUCAAGGAAGAAAAAGUCAGACAAGAAAAACAGAUGUUGAACCUGAGAACAAACGUUCAAGGCUUGAAGCUUUAGGUGCUCUGCCUGUACAGACUUAAAACCUGCUGAUGCAGUCAUCGCUGGACACACUGCUCUUCACUUCAGUGGAACUGAAAGGAUGGUGAACAGACCCCAGACAAGAGGACUGACUGGGUGUGCAGAGGCUCUGUGUUUUUUUCCACCGGAGUUCCCCCAAAUCAUCAUGAGAAAGUUCAUGUUCAAGGAGCAAAUAGGAACUUUUUAUACACAGUAAACCAGCUCAGGAUAUCAGUUUAAAAUCAAGGAAAACUUUUUUUGGCAGAUAAAAAUUUAUGUUUUGGCAAUUCAAGACUAUUUUCUUGUGUGGUCUGCUAAUGUUAAACCACAACGUUUUGGGAAACUCCAGAUCGAUACUGUUGUUUGGUCUGUACACUAGCAACCAGCUAAAAAUCACCAGGAUUUGUAUCUAAAAAUGUCCAUAGAUGAACAGCCUACAAACACUUCCUUGUUAUGUGAAGUUAACAAAAUAAUAUGAAUAUUGUUCAUGUCUUUUAUUUAAAAAACACUUUAAAAAAAGUUUGAGACUUCAUGUUGAUUUCAUCAUAAUAAACUUUCCCCACAGGUGAACUGAUAA